GUAACAAAGUAGUGGAGCCGUUACAGGAAAAGGGAGCUCUUUUUAAACGCUUUUGCUCGGGAUCAGAUGCUCCCUGUGCGGGCAGCGGAGCUGAAGGAGCAGGCAAGCAGCGAUUCGGCGAUGAGUGGAGCUGUGUGCGCAACUUCUCACCAGUCACCCUGCUGCUACUGCUGGAGUUUUCUUUAGGAUCCUCUUCUUGUGACACAACGAGCUGGACUUUACUUCUUCUGCCAACAUGUAUUCAGCAGCACUGCUGCUGAUGCUGGCCGUCAGGAUCUGCGCGGACAGCAUGGAAGGACCAACAGCUGGCUGUACCUUUGAUGAGGACUCAGACCCCGGCUUGUGUGAAUACCGACAGGGCCAGGAGGAUGACUUUGACUGGCAGCUAAUCAGGACCUACAGUUGGCUACACCCGACCCCAGAUCUUUUACGAGGGUCCUUCAUGAUGGUCAAUUCUUCACAACAUUUUGGAGGCCAGCGGGCUCAGCUGCUCCUGCUCCCGCUCAGCGAGAAUGACACCCACUGCUCCCGUUCCAUCCAGUUCAGCUACUUCCUGUACAGCCGCGAUGGCCACAGCCCCGGGGACCUGCAGGUCUAUAUCCGGGUGAACGGGGGCCCCAAGGGCAGCGCUGUAUGGAAUAUCUCAGGCUCGCAAGGCCGCCAAUGGCACCAGGUGGAGCUGGCUGUCAGCACCUUCUGGCCCAGUGAAUACCAGGUCAUCUUUGAAGCGACUGUUUCUGAGGAGCGACAGGGUUACAUAGCCUUGGACGACAUUGUGCUGCUCAAUUACCCCUGUUACAAGGUGCCUCAUUUCUCUCGGCUAGGUGAUGUGGAAGUUAAUGCCGGGCAGAAUGCCUCGUUCCAGUGUGUCGCCACAGGCAAAGUCUCUGAGACUGAGCCCUUCCUCCUGGAGCGGAGAAACGGCAUGGUGCUGGAUAUGUUCCUACUGUCACGGCUGAGCCACAAGCGGCUGAUGGCGACUUUCCAGGUGGAGGCGCAGCGUGGGGAGCAGGACCUGUACCGCUGCAUCACCCUGUCCCCCAGAGGGGCUGCCGUCUCCAACUUUGGAGAACUCAUCGUCAGAGUGCCCCCUACACCGAUUGCACCCCCCCAGCUCUUGCGGGCAGGCCCCACCUAUUUGAUCAUCCAGCUCAACACUAACUCCAUUGUUGGGGAUGGGCCGGUCAUUCGGCGGGAAAUACAGUAUCGAGCCAGCCAGUCCACAUGGAUGGAGACUCAUGGCGUGGGCUCACUUACCUAUAAAGUUUGGCAUCUGGAGCCAGACACAGAGUACCGCAUCAGUGUCCUGCUCACCAGGCCGGGGGAGGGGGGCACUGGAGCACCUGGACCCCCUCUCAUCAGCAGGACAAAAUGUGCAGAGCCCAUGCGUGCCUUGCGGGGUCUGACAGCCACUGAGAUCCAGCCGCGGCAGUUGGUUCUUCAGUGGGAGCCCCUGGGCUACAACCUCACUCGCUGUCACACCUACACCUUGUCUCUGUGCUACCGCUACUCCAUGCCGACAGGGGGCAGUGGUGGAAACAACGCCACUGUUCGUGAGUGCCUGUCCGUGGAUCGUAACACUUCUCACUUCACCCUGAGGGACUUGCCGCCCUUCCGCUCAGUGCACAUCCGGCUGGCCCUGGCCAACCCCGAAGGCAAGAAGGAGAGCAGAGAGGUCACCUUCCAAACUGAGGAAGACAUUCCCGGCGGCAUCGCUCCAGAGACCCUGACUUUCACCCCGCUCGAUGACAUGAUUUUCCUCAAGUGGGAGGAGCCUAUAGAGCCCAAUGGUCUCAUUACACAGUAUGAGAUCAGCUACCAGAGUAUUGAAUCAUCAGACCCCAGCAUUAAUGUGCCGGGUCCUCGACGUACAGUGUCCAAACUGAGGAAUGAGACCUACCACAUGUUCUCUGGCCUGCAUCCCGGAACCACCUACCUGGUGUCAGUCCGUGCCCGGACCGCCAAGGGGUUUGGCCAGACGGCACUUACUGAGAUCACCACCAACAUCUCUGCUCCGGUGUUUGACUAUGAGGACAUCCCCUCUCCACUGAGUGAGUCGGAGAGCACCAUCACCGUGCUGCUGCGCCCUGCGCUGGGGAGAGGGGCUCCUGUCAGUGCUUACCAGGUGGUGGUGGUUGAAGAGGAUGGUUCUCGUCAGGUGAGGAGGAGGGAGCUGGGCACAGUUGACUGUUUCCCCACUCCAAACUCACACAGUGAGGCUCAGGCCAAAGGCGCCCCACAUUACUACACGGCCGAGCUGGCUCCCUCCAGUCUGCCCGAGGCCACCCCCUUCACUGUGGGUGACAACCACACCUACAACGGCUACUGGAACAGCCCUUUAGACCCCACCAAGAACUACCUCAUCUACUUUCAGGCCACCAGCAACUUCAGAGGGGAGACGAGAAUAAACUGCAUCCGGAUUGCUCGCAAAGCUGCCUGUAAGGACUCGAAGCGGGCUCUGGAGGUGUCCCAGCAUGCAGAGGACAUGGGUCUGAUCCUCGGGGCCUGUGCCGGCGGUCUGGUGGUCCUCGUUCUGCUUCUGGGGGCCAUCGUCAUCAUCAUCAAGAAAGGAAGGGACUUCUAUUCUUACCCUUACUACCCUAGAAAGAAGGUGGCCAUAAACAAGGCAGCCAUGUCCUACAGGCAGGAGAAAAGUCGGAAACUGAGCUCUUUAGACUGCAGCAUGACAGAGCAGAGCACUCUCCAGCAGGAUGAGAGGAUGGCCCACUCCUUCAUGGAUGCCCACGGCUGCAAUGCUCGAAAUGAACAGCGUAGCUCCGUCAAUGAGUCCAGCAGCUUACUGGGAGGCUCACCACAUCGUCACUGUCGGAGGAAGAGCUCGCCAUAUCACACGGGUCAGCUCCAUCCUGCUGUAAGAGUGGCUGACCUUCUCCAGCACAUCAACCAGAUGAAGACAGUUGAGGGAUAUGGCUUCAAACAAGAAUAUGAGAGUUUCUUUGAUGGCUGGGAUGUCACCAAAAAGAAGGACAAGACCAAAGGAAGGCAGGAUAGCUUGCUUAGCCAUGAUCGCCAUCGGGUCAAACUCCACUCUCUGCUUGCAGACCCAAGUUCUGAUUAUGUCAAUGCCAACUACAUAGAUAUUCGGAUAAACAGGGAAGGUUACCAGCGAUCGAACCACUUUAUCGCCACCCAAGGCCCAAAGCAGGAGAUGAUCUACGAUUUCUGGCGGAUGGUUUGGCAGGAGAACUGCUUCAGUAUUGUCAUGAUCACUAAGCUGGUGGAAGUGGGCAGGAUGAAGUGCUGUAAGUACUGGCCUGAUGACACUGAGCUCUAUGGUGACAUUAAGAUAACGCUGCUGAAGACAGAAACGCUGGCAGAGUACACAGUGCGCACCUUCGCCAUGGAGAGGAGAGGUUACCCUGCCAAACACGAGGUGUGCCAGUUCCACUUCACUUCCUGGCCGGAGCACGGCGUGCCCUACCAUGCUACCGGCCUGCUGGCUUUCCUCCGCCGGGUCAAGGCCUCAACACCUCCUGACGCUGGGCCUGUGGUGGUCCACUGCAGUAUGGGGGCAGGCAGGACCGGCUGCUACAUUGUGCUGGAUGUCAUGCUGGAUAUGGCUGAGUGUGAAGGAGUAGUGGACAUCUACAACUGUGUCAAGACCCUCUGCUCCCGACGCAUAAACAUGAUCCAGACUGAAGAGCAGUAUGUGUUCAUCCACGACGCCAUCCUGGAGGCUUGUCUGUGUGGAGAGACUGCCAUCCCUGUUAAUGAGUUUGCUCUCACCUAUAAGGAGAUGCUGAAGGUUGACUCUCAGAGCAACACCUCACAGCUUAGAGAGGAGUUUCAGACUCUGAACUCGGUGACGCCUCACCUUGAUGUGGAGGAGUGCAGCAUUUCUCUGAUGCCCAGGAACCGUGAGAAGAACCGUAGCAUGGACGUGCUGCCACCGGACCGCUCCCUGGCCUUUCUCGUCACGACCGAGGGAGAAAGUGGCAACUACAUCAAUGCUGCGCUCGCUGACAGCUUUCUCCAGCCUGCUGCCUUUGUGGUGACACCACAUCCACUGCCCGGGACCACCACUGACUUCUGGAGGCUCCUUUACGACUAUGGCUGCACCUCGGUGGUGAUGCUCAACCAGCUCAACCAGUCCAACUCUGCCUGGCCUUGUCUACAGUAUUGGCCUGAACCAGGGCUGCAGCAGUUUGGGCCCAUGACAGUGGAGCUUCUCUCUAGGACAGCCGAUGAUGAUGUUAUCAUUCGUCUCUUCCGGGUUCAAAACAUCACCCGGCUUCAGGAAGGUCAGCUUUUGGUGCGUCACUUCCAGUUCCUGCGCUGGUCUCCGUACCGUGACGUCCCAGACUCCAGAAAAGCCUUCCUCAGCCUUCUGGCUCAGGUUCACAACUGGCAGAGGGAGUGUGGAGAGGGACGCACCGUUGUCCACUGCCUGAAUGGCGGUGGCCGGAGCGGGACUUUCUGUGCCUGCACCGUUAUCCUGGAAAUGAUUCGUCACCACAGCAUGGUGGAUGUGUUCUUUGCUGCGAAAACACUGCGCAACUCUAAGCCAAACAUGGUGGAGACAAUGGAGCAGUAUCGGUUCUGCUAUGACCUGGCCCAGGAGUACCUGGACUGCUUGGAAGUCAGAUAGCAUCUGUCCCUUUCUUCUUGUCCCUCUCGAAGGAGAACGUCUGACUCCUGGAUUCUGCAUCCUGGAUCCCUGAUCCUCACUUCUUAGUCUAUGUAUACAGCUCUGGUUGUCUUGCUUGCCAUGCUUGGAUAAAACGUUGUCUGUCAUAAAGACUGAAUGAGAAAGUGUACUGGACAACUUGUAACAUACUGCUGACACCAUUUAUGCUUUUCUUUGGCACUCUGAUCCAAUCUGUACUUUUUUGUGCCACUUUAUAUCUGCCAAACCAGAGGACACCAACAGGAGUGGAGUUCAUUUUAUAUGUGGCCACUGUCAAGGCAGCUGGACUACCUGUUGUACACCUCAACAAUGGGAUUCAAAGAGCUCUGCUGUAUCCUGCCUUACUAUGAACACGCAUAGCGAAAGGGAGCUAUAACUGAUGCCAACCACUGGGUGAUAUUUUGUGUUUGUUCGUAACACUGUAAAUGGUGCAUUCUGCUAUUGGUGAACAUCCCCUGUUGUACUGUACUAUAUUUGAACUUUGUCCCGGAUGAGGCUGACAGCUGAAGGUUAACUGAUGGUUAAAAGGAAAGAAGUCGGUCACAUCUGUACACUAGAGUUGUCUUGGACCUUAUUUCUCUUUAUUUAUUCUUUGUGUAUAUAGAUGUUUUUUUUCCUCCCCCCGAUGUUUCUAGAUGUUCUCAACGUCUUAUCAAUGUGCCAAUCCAUUCUCUCUGUGUCUGUAAAUGGGGACCACUUCAGCAUCUGCAUGCCAGUCCUAAGUGUUUCAUUGCAGUAUGUGGCCCAAAUCUGCUUUAGGGUGGAUUCUGUGAAGUGAAUCCUUCUGCUAGUUCCGAGAGAGCUCUGUAAGAAUAACCACGUGUUGCUGUGAGAAUGCGGCGAAGAUCUGUCGCUUUCUAAAUUUGUAUUUAUUCAAUGUGUCUUAUUUUCUAAAUAGUAUAUAAACGGGGAGAAAAUAAAAUAUGUUGUUGCUUAACAGCCAGGCUUUUUGGAGAGGUUUUUGUUUUGUUUUGUUUUUUUACACCUCACCUCUGGUGUCUGAUUGGCCACCCCCCCCACCCAGACUCAGAAGGUAAUAGGUAGUUGGCUUCAUAGCUUAUGAGUGAAUUACUGAAUGAGUGUUCUGGGUGCCGACCCAAGGCCCCUGUGAAGUGAGAAGUUUAUCAAACAAUUGUGAAGGGACACAAAAUCACUACAGAGUGAGGUGCAACAAGCACAGAGGGACACAAAAUGACCACAAAGAGGCACAAACCAGCUACAGACCAUAAACAAGUCAUGUGUGUCCCUCUCACUUUGGGACGGAUUUUUGCAAUCACAAAUAGGAACUAUUUCAUGAUUCAAUUUCAUAUUAAAAUAUACAGCUAUUUAUAUGUUGUUCAUUUAUUAUUCUGCAUAAACAAUGUAAAUAAUAAUACUAAAAAACCUAAAGCUUCAAAUUUGAGUUAACUAAUUUCACUGUGCCCCAGUCUGCAGCUGCCUGCUCACAGAGCUCCAGCUGGAUGGAUGGCCCGCACUGCGCUCCACAAAGGUAUCGAGUUUGUGCUAAUGAUCCCCCAACACCUCCGCCAUCAUGCCCACCUCAUGCAACCAACAGAUAUCGAUGCUUAAAAAAACACCACCGGUCAUUUUCUUGACCUGCAUUUUAAUUUACUCUUAUCAUUUAAUUAGCAAGUUUAAUAGAGUUUUUUAUCAUUACCAGCAAACAGAGCUUCUAGUAGUCCACCACCUCUUUAAUUGGAGAGUCUUGAUGAUCCAUUGAUCGAGGGCUCAACACACUUAAUCUGCAUGUGGCGCUUUACAAGAUAUGUCACAUCUAGUUACUGUGUUUUAUGAGUGGCUGAUAAACUCUGGUAAUUCACAGCUGGACUUUUUUCUGCCCUUCAUUUCUUAUCAAUAUUCUGUACUCCUGCUGCCUGUGCACUUUUUAAAUGAAAGACAGGAUACUAACAGAUUAGUUUCUAACAUAUGCAGAGUAGAGUGCGUAAACAGCUGGACAAAUGAACUCCAGGAAUAGUCGAGCAACAUGAUAAAGGUCGAAGGUCAUGCUGGGUUGUAUUGUGUGGCUGUCAGUGUUGCCUCCAGUGUUCAAUUACUCUCGCCCUUUGUAUUUCCAAGGCAACAGAUCUCCCCUUACUGCGUUUAAAAGAUGAUGAAAAGCCACAUAAUGCAUGCUAGAUGAAAAACGCAAUUGCUAUUGUGCACAGUGAACAAAAGGACAGGGAUGAUGAUGCUCCCCUCAAAGCAUCUGUUUAUGUCAGAUUACACAAACCUGCAAAUUACUCCCCCCCCCCCCCCCGUAUGUUGCUGGAGAGAAAACACAGGUCUUCAAAUUUGCCUUCCCCUUUCUUUUUGAGGCUGAUCUGAAUGUUUUAGAGCCCAGCUAGAGCCUCAUUGUCGCAGUGACAGUGUCUGUAAUUACUGUAGUAGCCAUUGUUUCAAACUGAAAGACUGUGUUCAAGCACUGGAACUGCGACUUUUCUAGAUGAUUGAAUGCAAUGAAAGACAGAAAGAAGGCUUGGGGGUAUCUGGGAAUUCCUAUCUUGAUGACUAUAUUAAUCACAGAACAUUUUCUGUAUACACACACACACACACACACACACACACUUACAGGGAAAUUAUAUUGAUUCCAGACAAUCAACAGAAACAUUCAGGUUGUUCACUUAGUACAUAGAGGUGGUAAUAUUGCUCAGUAAUCUUAAAGGUGGUGACAGUGUUCUAGUGCCAAACUACUCACAGUCACCACUCUCACUACAGCUCCACACAAAGAGUGUGUUAUAUGGUCUUUUGUUUCAUUUUUCAUUGUCACAUCCUCCCACUAAAGGAGCAAUCACAGCAGACUUAUGCGUGGCUUUUGAUUGCUCAAAUUCUCACUCAUAAGUUAUUAAUAUCCACAUAAAAGAGCAGAGAGGCUGAGCUGUUUGAGCAGACUAAGCUAAAGAUAAAUAAUGCUGGGCUGGCCUCCAUGACAGAUCUGCUGGCAGAGGGUUACAGUUUGUCUUUAGAUGAGUCCAGGAGGCUCUGUAGGACUAGUCUACUCCUUGUCCCUGUUGUGUUACUCCACACCUCUGUUUUUUCCAUUUUCUGUAAUCAAUCAGUAGCUUGUUUUCAGAGGGCCAAAUUGGCUGAUGGGAUGUACACGCAUCGGGGAGCAGGCCCUGGCACUGUGGCAUCACAAGCCUGUACUGUGAAAAGCUGUGUAAACACAAAGCUCUUUCCCCUGCUGGCUUUGUGUUAAGGCUCCAGCCAUGCAAUGGGUAGCCACAUGAAGCAAUUAAUAUCUCCUUUAUUUUGACACAAACUCACCAUGGGAGGUGGACUGCAGCCUGGCUGGUGAAUAGAGAUGUAUGUGCGUCUUGCCCAACUGAUGGCAGAUUCAAUUUGAGCUCACUUUAUCUCCAUGCAGGUUCAUCUGAUACGACUUUAAAUUGCAUUAAAUUAGAUUGCUUUUAGUGGGUAUAUGGACUGGAAGCUUCUCUCAUCUCUUUAUAUGGUCAAAUUGAUUGAUGUAGCGCAAGGUCUGCAAAACAUAUUUCAUGAAAGUAUGGCUGCUGACGAUAAAAGCAGUUUUUGACUUUUUUGAUUUUUUUUAAGAAAAUGUUUCAUUCGGUACAACAGUCAUCAUUGAUUAUGUCAGGCUUGGAUGAUAGGACAUCCAUGAAGACAGCGGUAAAUGGCAAAUACGUCCUUUGGUAAGAAGGCAGCGCAUCACCUGAGGAACCAUGUGGCAGUGCUGAAAACAUGAGGCAGCCCCCCCUACCACAGUCACAUCCACUGAGGCAGGAGGGAAGAUGCAUGGCGAUGGCCCAGGGCGAGCCAAUAAUGACCCUACUUUAUCCCAGUGGCUUGCAGUUCACUGGCCCUGCAUCUCCAUCUUCCACCUCUCUGUGUGACAAUAAGCUCAGAGGGAGGCUGAGGGAGGUCUGAGGUGCUGUGACCUGCACAGUCUUGACCGACACUCUCAGCUUACUUUUGAUAAGUCCACAGCUGUCAGAGCACCAUGCCCGAACCCAUGCGGAAGGAUGUGACACUGAGCAUUUCUACUCAUUUAAAAAUGUAAUGGAAGUGGGUUUAAAGAAACACCUUUAUUUUUACUUUGGCACUUUCACCCUUACAGCAGAAAGUACAGAAGCAAAGAGAAAUGCAUGGCACCCACCUGGAAUGGAAACAGGGUUGUAUCAAGGAUUUUAGGAAAACUGAGGUUAUAGCUCAAAGAAGAGUCUGGUUUUUUUAGUUUUUAGUUAUUGAGCUACAGUAGCUGCUUUAAAGUUCCCGCAAAACCUAUUUAAAUAGUGUAUAAUUAAAUUGAGUUCUAUAAAGGAAAUUCUUCUGGAGAUCAAUAACUGCAUUUUUUAAAUUAAAAUAACUGUCCAAGAAAUGUGCUGUGGCUCUGUCCAGGAAUUUACUGGAAAACUGUGGAUCUGUCAUAUAAAAUGUUUUAUUACUUAACAUACUGAGUUAUUGUAUUUAUUUUAUUGCCCUAAAAGUUAUCCCGGUUUAAAUAUACUAAGUCUAAAAUAAAUAGUAUGUUUUUAAGUGUAGAAUUUAAAGAUGACCAAAACCCCCCAAAUUCCUAGAAAAAAAUACUGAGGACAUGACCACAGUGUCACUGAUGCUAUCUGUGGCUUAUGAUACAUGUAGAUAUGCUUCUCUGGUAAAUUACAUGUAGUAUACCAGCAGGUAUUACAAUGAUACAAUGGUGCUAAUGCUUUUCAUAUGGCAAAUGCAUGAUAUGUUAUUCAUUAUCAUACAUGUUUAACACACUGCAGCACACUGUAGCCUGCUAAUCUGCAUUCAUUCAUUCAUUUAUUUGUUUUUAUUGGGUCUACACGGACAGAAAAAAAGAAUAAAACCACCAAACGUCAUGGAAUUCAAGUUAAAUGCUAUUGCACAUUGAACAAUCUUCUCUCACUUAUAUUUUGUAAUUGAACUUUUGGAUAAAAAUUGAAUAUAACAAGGUUGAUUUAUAGGCUACUCCCACAUAAAUGAUUGUAAUUAUAAGCGCAUGCUGGCCUAAUUGAUGCAAAAUGACCCGAGGUGGUGUCAAUUGGCUGGGUGAUGUCAGAGAAAAUAAAGUUUUGCCAAAAUAGCGACAUUUGGCCUUAGCAGGUAACUUGAGGUCAGAUGUGACACCUACCACCUUAGGAGAGAGUCAUCAUGUCCAAACAGGUUAAUUUAUUCCAUAAAAAUGAGCAAAGGUGGAAUAACCAAAGACCUGGACGGUGUCAAAAAUGAGAGGAUUCCUGUUCUGGGAAGGGUGAGCCCACGUUUCUUUAAACUGGUUUAUAGCAAAGUGACCCUUAACUGUUUGCAAAAUGAACUUAAGUUGUCAUGGUUGUAUAUUGUUAUAUGUGUAAGUGUUGAGUUGAUUUAGUAUUCCAUGAAUAUGUUGUGUUAAAUAUGUUGUUCAUUUAAGCUCAAAGCUGCUAAGAUGAAUAUGGGUUAUUGUGAUGUAAUUUAUGUAACCGCUCAUUUUACAUUAAGAGACACUACGUAGUGAAAUGUGUCUCGCAAGAACGUGAACACUUACAAGAGCAACAUGGAACUUCUCGAUUUGGACUGUAGGUGAGCAGAUGUCUCUCACGAAGCUCUGCUGAGUUGCAUUAAAAUUAUCUCUGUCUGAAGGCAAGCCAGACAUUCAAGGGCAGUUAAGCAACUAAGAAUCUCUUUCAAGACAAGCGGCCGAGGUACCUUUAUUUAUAAAUGUCUUCAUUUCUUUUAUUUCUGUACAUGCUAAGCAUUGUUUAGCUGCUAAUAUCCUUGUAUUGUUCAUUCAUGAAUAUAGUUCUCACGGCGUGACUAAAAGAAGAAGAAGACAAUAAACGCCCGUUUCAGAGAA